CUUCCAACUAACCGAAAAAAAAAUGAAGAAGCAGGCGUUAUGACGAAAAUUCAUCGAAUAAAUAUUCGAAGUGCCACUUUUGUUUAUCUUUGUGUGUAUAGUUGCUAGCACUCGCCACUCGGGCUGUCUCAACUUUCAGUAGGUGUUUACUUUUUAUGUAUCACUUAAGCGAAAAGCCAACUUACUAGGCACCGCUCGAAAACGGUCAGCAUUGCCUCCAUACGUACCGUCGCGGGAGUGCUCUGCUUAGCGUUUUGCCCCGCUUGCCUUUUUUCAGGUUCGUUUGUCUCUUGUUUUUGUUUUCUGUGUGUCCCCGCGCCCCUCUAGAAUCCACCACAGCGGGCAAGGGCAUGCGUCGGGAGAUUAUGGGGGGGGGCGCAGGUGUCCUGGUCAUGCUUGAGGCCUUUUGCUGGUAAUUGUGGGAGGGUUUUCGGUAAGGGAGCAGAAUGGGCGGCGAGUGUUUUUGAGAUUCUUACCCUGCCCGGCGAGAUUGACUGCUGUCUGAAUUUUUGCAGUGCUUGGCUGACUUUUUCUCUUGAUAUUAUUACAGUUUAUUUAAAUGCUGGCAGCUUCUUCUCCUUGAUGUUUUUCCCGUCUUUCCUCUCAUUGUGCGAAUGGCGUGGAACUUAGUUCCGCUGGACGUUCGAUACGAGGGGACGCUGUGGUACAAGGAUCCCAAACUUCUACUGGCAGCGGGUGCAGGUCCGGAGCUAUCCAAAAGCGGUGCUAGAAGUACUGAAGCGAUCCUGACGGGUUACACGGAUCGGCUGUGGAGUCUGGAUGUUUUUCAGUCUGACGCGUGGGCUGUCGGGAUUAGUCUUUAUUCUGCGGCUGGGAGCGUGUUGUGCUCGAGGUUCUUCGGGCUGUGCAGCCAUAAUGACUCGGGCGCAAUCAAGUGGACGGGCUUUGGCGAGGAGCGUCUCUACCCUCUGUCAGGCUCUAAGAUAUUUCGAGUCGACUCUAGCGCAGUGCGCUGGUGUUGGAGAAGGGGAGUGCGUGAUGGUGUAAGAGUUGCAGAUGGCUGGGUAGCACUGCUAGACGAUUCGAAGGGAGAACAAAUAGACCCGACAGAGGGUGCGCCAGUAAUUCCAGUAAUUCCGUUCCCGGGCGUUGUUGAAGCUUUGCAGCCCAGCAUCCACUUCUUCCGGGAGUUCCUCACUGCGCUAGUGACGCAUGCGAUGACGUGUGACCAGAAUAAGCGGGACUUGGACGCCCUUGUCAAGGAAGUCGAUGGCAUAGUUGUACCGCAUCCAUCGGUGAUGCCCCUUCCGAAGUUUGCCAGGCCACCGCGACCGCCACGAAGUCCAUCGGGUUCGGACGUGCCGCCACCAUCGGACGCCCCUGCGGAGUUGCCGGUGAAUGUCGAUGGCCUAUUUGGUGAACGUGUACCGCUACCGCAACCGCAACCGACU